AUGAAGAUAGUUGUGUGCAUAAUCAUAAUCUUAUUCGUAGUUAUUCGGAAAUUGAUGAGGAUGAAGAAGAGGAAGAAGAACGCUGUAGCAGCAGGACCUGCAGGGGUCCCGCUGCUAGGCAACUUGCUCCAAUUCGACAACGCGAAACCCCUCGUCUACCUUCAAGACCUCUCCCACAAGUACGGCGGCGUAGCCUACUUGAGACACGGGUCGACCCCAAUCCUCGUGGUCUCAUCAGGAAAAGUUGCAAAACAGAUCCUGAAGAGCCAGGACAGCCGGCCGCCUGUCCUGGCUCAGCAAAAGCUGUCUUACAACGGGGUGGACAUGGCGUUCUCCCCGUACAACCCUCACUGGAGGGAGACGCGGAGAAUGUGCACCCUCCAUCUGUUCUCCCCCAAACAGAUCCUCAGCUUCCGCCCUGUCCGCGAGGCUCAGGUGUCUCGCGUCAUCUCCAAACUGCACGCUCGACUCAAUCAUCCGGCCAAUCUGAGCGACAUGGCGAUGUCCCUGGCCAGCAACACCAUCUGCGGCGUUGCUUUUGGGAAAACCUACGACGAUGACGAGUACGAGAAGAAGAAACUCGACAAGCUCGUGCUCGAGGCUCAGGCGUUGAUGGUCUCGUUCUACGUCUCCGAUCACUUCAAGGUGUUCGGCUUUCUCGACAAGCUCUCCGGCUUGUCGAGCCGGGUCGAAACCAAUUUCCAGGAGCUGGAUUCAUUCUACCAGCAGCUCAUCGAUGAUCAUCUCAACCCCAUUCCAUCGUCUUCUUCUUCAGGUGAUCCGGAUAUUAUUGAUCUCAUGCUAAAAUUAAAAGGAGAGAAGCCGGAUUCGAUCACGUGGGACCAGAUCAAGGCGCUGCUGAUGAACCUGUUUGUGGCUGGGACGGACACGGUGGCGGCCGCGAUUGUGUGGACGAUGACAGCUCUGAUGCUGAGGCCCGACAUCAUGAGGAAGACGCAGGAGCAUAUAAGGGAGGCCGUGGGGAGAAAAGAUGAUGGAAUAAUGAUUACAGAAGACGAGCUGAUGAAGCUGCCGUAUCUGAAGGCGGUGGUGAUGGAGGGGCUGAGGCUGUACCCGCCGGCGCCGCUGCUGUACCGGACGGUGGAGGAGUCUCAUCUUGUGGAAGGGUUGCAAGUUGAAGUUGGGACUAAAUUCAUUAUUAAUGGCUGGGCUAUUGCUAGGGACCCCGCGAUCUGGGAGGAUCCCGAGGAGUUCGUGCCUGAGAGGUUCUUGAAUGUGUCUGACUCCGACUGGGAGUUCAAGAUGCUCCCGUUUGGAGGCGGGAAGAGGAGGUGCCCCGGGAUGAAUAUGGGGAUGAUGUCGAUACACCUCGCCUUGGCCAAUCUUCUCUACUCGUUUGAUUGGGCGGGGCCGCCCUCGGCCCCGCCUAUCGACACUGAUGCCUUGCCCGGGCUCACUAUGCAUAAGAAGAAUCCGCUUAUUUUGGUCCCAACACUACCAUUAUCCUAGCUUGGCCUCUUUUAUUUUAUCCAAAUUAUUGAGUUUGUCAUUCUGUUGCUAGAGUUUUAGGCCAUCCAUAACGCUAUCUCUUAUUCAUCUCUUAACUCUCUCAUCUCUUCACUA